UUCCUCCUGCUCCUCGGUGCGCCUUUGCGCUGCGCUCUGGCUAGGGCGCACGCCUUGGAGAGGGCUGCCUGGCGCUGCGCCCUGUUGCUGGCGAGGAAGGGGGCGCUCCUUUCGCUCCCGUUCCUCCUGCCUGCCUGGCCUCACAGCCAGCUAGCUAGCCGCGCUGGGCUCCUGCGCUCUCCCACGCGCCCUCGCCGCCGCCUCCUCCUCGGUCUCCGUCUCUCUUUCUCCGCUCAGAUGUUCCAAGGCAAGAUGAACAAGCCCCGCAGCGGCCAGCCCGAGCGGAGGGGCUCGGCGGUGGCGCCUCUCCGGGACUGCCCCGACCAGCCGCCGCCGCCGAAGGACGUGGAGCUCAUCCUGGUGAAGGAGCAGAACGGCGUGCAAUACACCAGCAGCGCCCUGCUGGAGCGCGGCAGCCCCGGCUACAGCGCCGCCGAGCCCGGCCGCGAGACGUGGGGCAAGAAGAUCGACUUCCUCCUCUCGGUCAUCGGCUUCUCGGUGGACCUGGCCAACGUCUGGCGCUUCCCUUACCUCUGCUACAAGAACGGCGGCGGUGCCUUCCUCAUCCCUUACAUCCUGUUCCUCAUCAUCGCCGGAAUGCCCUUGUUCUACAUGGAACUAGCCCUGGGCCAGUAUAACAGAGAAGGGGCCGCCACUGUCUGGAAGAUCUGCCCGCUUUUUAAAGGUGUAGGCUAUGCUGUGAUUCUCAUAGCUCUUUACGUGGGUUUCUACUACAACGUUAUCAUAGCUUGGUCUCUGUAUUAUCUGUUUGCAUCAUUCACAAUGGAGGCCCUGCCUUGGACGAGGUGUGGCAACCCUUGGAACAGCCCUAACUGCACCAACCCCAAGCUCAUCAAUGCCUCGGCCUUUGCCUCGGGCAUCACGUACUCCAAGUACAAGAUUACGCCGGCAGCUGAAUUUUAUGAACGGCGAGUCCUACAUCUUCACGAAAGUCCUGGGAUCCAUAAUGUUGGCCUGCCCAGAUGGCAGCUCACCCUGUGCCUCCUGGUGGUGGUGGUUGUUCUUUUCUUUAGUCUGUGGAAAGGCGUGAAGACUUCAGGAAAGGUAGUCUGGAUCACAGCCACACUGCCUUAUGUCGUAUUGUCUGUACUGUUAAUCCAUGGACUAACUUUGCCAGGUGCCUAUGAUGGAAUAAGAGCAUACCUGGAUAUAGAUUUCGAAAGAUUAAAAGAACCCACAGUAUGGAUUGAUGCAGCCACGCAGAUAUUUUACUCCUUGGGAGCCGGGUUUGGAGUCCUAAUUGCUUUUGCCAGCUACAAUAAGUUUGACAACAACUGUUACAGGGAUGCUUUGAUGACCAGCACCAUUAACUGUGUCACCAGCUUCAUCUCAGGAUUUGCCAUAUUUUCCAUCUUAGGCUACAUGGCGCAUGAGUACAACGUCCGGAUAAAAGAUGUGGCCACUGAAGGAGCUGGACUGGUUUUCAUUCUUUAUCCAGAAGCAAUUGCGACUCUUAAAGGAUCAACAUUUUGGGCAGUGGUGUUCUUCAUAAUGCUGCUCACAUUGGGCAUCGAUAGUUCUAUGGGUGGCAUGGAAGCCGUCAUCACGGGCUUAGCGGAUGACUUCCACAUCCUGAAGAGACACCGGAAGUUAUUCACCUUUGGGGUCUCCUUUGGUACCUUCCUUCUUGCCCUUUUCUGCAUUACAAAUGGUGGAAUCUAUGUGCUUACUCUGCUGGAUACAUUUGCUGCUGGGACAUCCAUCUUGUUUGCUGUUUUGAUGGAAGCCAUCGGAGUGUCCUGGUUUUAUGGUGUGGACAGAUUCAGUGAAGACAUACAGCAGAUGAUGGGCUUCAAACCAGGUCUCUAUUGGAGACUGUGUUGGAAAUUUGUUAGCCCUGCAUUUUUAUUGUUUGUGGUAAUAGUCAGUAUUAUAAAUUCCAAACCUCUGACCUAUGAUGAGUACGUCUUCCCACCUUGGGCCAAUUACGUUGGAUGGGGGGUAGCAUCGUCUUCAAUGAUCCUUGUGCCUGCAUACGCUCUGUAUAAAUUACUGAAGGCGCGGGGGACCUUUAAACAAAGACUUGCUUACUGCAUCACACCAAAGAAUGAGCACAAUCUUGUAGCACAGGGGAACGUCCGACAGUUUAAGCUCCAACACUGGUUGUCUAUAUGAUGACUGAGAAAUACAAUGGGAAAAGCCAAUACGUAAUAAAGCUGAUUGGGAAUACCUGAGAAGUCACCAUCAAAGCCCUCGAUUGUGCUCGGCUCUGGUUGACUGGCAGGCUCAGAAGAUCAUCUCCAGAUUUCUUUGGGUGAAGAUUAAUCUUGCGCUCUCUACCCGAUCGUUCUGUUUUUCCAAUGAACUUCCCGGAUGACUUCUGGUUUUCAUUUUUGUUUGACUCGCUUUCCGUGUGCUGCCACUGAUCCUGACCCAAAGUGUCAUAUUUGCUAGUGAAAGAAACAAAGAUGGAUGGAUUAUUAUUUUUUAAAAUCUGCAUUUAAAUGAAGGCGUCUGGGACAGAGAUCAAGAGGUUGUUUUUAAACUUUUCUAAGAAACAAAAAUCAGUACAUCUGACAUGGUUUGGGUUAGAUUCUGCAAGUGGUAGCUUGCUGUCAAAAAGGUGUACAUCGGCAGAUUCACACAUGCAUAUGCAUCAUCAUCAUCUGAUGACAUCAAGUGGUGACUUGCUUGUGUGAAUUAGACAUCAUGGAUCUAAUAUUGCAGAUGCAACGCUGGUGCCAUUUCCAAAGCAGUGCUUUUCCACAAUUGUCAAGAAUGUGAUCUUUGCUGCAUACCUGUUUGUGCCAUUUCUCUACACCUUGAAAAGUGGCCAGGGAUGGGAUUAAAUUUCAAGUUCUUGCAUCCAA